AGCAUGCCAUUUUGACUCAGGCCAAAGCUUUUUAGAAGCUUGGCUGGACUUUUGCACUUUUGAUUCUGGAGACCAUGGCAUUUGCCAAGACUCCAGAAGGCCUUCUCACAAAAGAUGAGUAUGACACGUGCCUUGGGAAGCUGAAAUUUCAUGACGGCCUUCCGGACGGAGAUACGAUCCAGAAGGUCUAUGAUAAUUUGGACCGAUCCCGGGCCACGAGUGUCUUUCUAGACAUGAUUCCUCUCGCAUCUGUCGAGGCUUUGCGAACUGGUUUCGUGGAGGUGGGUUGUGAUGCUUGUCACAAGGUUGUGCUCUUUGAGAAGCUCAUGGAUAGCCACUCGCUCUUCCUCACAGGAAACACCGACACGGUCUACGUGGCGUCGAUCCUGACGCUGGGGACGGACGGCCCCACCGUGAUUGAAGUGCCGGGGGGCGCGGGCCCCGGCACCGUGAACGACGCCUUCUUCCGCUUCGUGAACGAUAUGGGUGGGCCGGGGCCCGACAAGGGGGCUGGAGGGAAAUACUUGAUUGUGGCACCCGGCUAUGAGGGCAAGCUGCCCGAGGGCUACCAUGUCUUCCAUUCCCCGACGUACACGAACUUUGUGGUGAACAGAGGUUUCUUGAAGGACGGGCGUCCAGACUCUGCCGCUGCGAACUGGAAAGCGGGUCUCAAGAUCUAUCCCUUGGCGCGUGCCGGAAACCCGCCGAAGAUGGAAUUCAUCAACGUGUCGGGGAAGGUCAUGAACACGAUCCAUUCCAACGACUUCCACUUCUUCAAAGAGGUCGACGACGUCAUCCAGCGGGAGCCCAUCGAGUUCCUGGAUCCAGAGUUGCGCGGGAGGCUCAAGGCGAUCGGCAUCGAGAAGGGGAAGCCCUUUGCUCCGGACGAGCGGAUGACCCGACUUUUGAAGGAAGGCGUUGCCAUCGGCAACGCCACGGCCCGCGCCAUGUGCUUUGCCCCACGUGGGGCUUGCAGGAUGUACAGCGAGGAUUCUGAAUGGCUCACCUUCUAUGCGGGCUGGGAUUAUCAAUGGCUGGAGCAGGGUGCCAGGAAUCUGGAUGCCAGGACCAGAUACUUCUACCUGGCCACCCUGAACACACCCGCCAUGGUUCUCAAGAUGGUCGGCGUGGGCUCCCAGUACGCGCUGCUGGCGCGAGAUGGGAAGCACCAGUACUUGGACGGAGGCAAGUGCUACUCGUUGACCUUGCCGCCCAAUGUGCCCGCCAAGGAUUUCUGGUCCGUGGUGAUCUACGAUGCCCAGCAUAGGUCCAUGCUGCAAACCGAGCAGGUGUCGCCGGGCAGAAACUCCGUUCGCCAUCCCGACAUCAAGCCGAAUUCCGAUGGUUCCGUGACCAUCUGGUUUGCGCCUAGUGCCCCGGAGGGCAAGGAGGGCAACUGGAUCCAGACCAUCCCCGAGAAGACCUGGUUCAUGCUCUUGCGGGUCUAUGGCCCCACGGAGGCGUGGUUUGACAAGUCCUGGCGCCCUGGGGAGGUGCAGGAGGAGCCGGAGAUGAGCCGCAAGCGCAAGGGUGCUCCGUAAGAACAGAAGGAGCACACGGCUGCCAUACGGGUGUGUCUGUUUUUGAGGGACCCCCCUUACUGUUGGGCUG